AUUAAUGAAUUAUUAAAUUAAUAAUGUUCCUUAAUAGGCACUCCUGGGCAAACCAGGAACCAAGAUAGGGGAACACUCCAUACUCAGCCUGAGAAGAGAGUGUUUGCAGAGUCUGAUUCGAAUCAUAAAGAAACUGCAAGAAAGGUCCCCGUUGAAAUUCCCCAUUGUUAGGCAGAUUGCCUGCCUGGAUCCCACAAAGAUGGUCAAAGAUCCAGAGUGGUGCAUCGUACAGAUGAAGGCAUUAGUUCAAACUUUCAUUCAGGGACAGCAGCUGGCAGGUGGAAUUGCAGCUGGUGAUAUCAUCAUUCAGCAGUUCACUUCCUUGCUCUCGGAUGUGGGCAGAGAAGAAGAGUUUGUUUCCUUCCAACCCCUGAGGCAGCGUCUGGAUGUCUUUCUCCACUCCAAACUCUGCACGUCCCACCCUGACCUGCUCAAGUUCUGUCAAAGUGCUCUCCUCCUGUCCCAUGGACAAGCCACAGUGGAGAGAGGCUUCUCAGGUAAUAAGGAGGUUGAAACAUGCAACCUUCACGAGGAAUCUCUCGAAGCCCUCAGGUUAAUCUGUGAUAAAGUAAUUGUCUGUGGUGGCGUUCUGAAAGUUCCUCUGACCAAGGAGCUCUUGACAUCUGCUGCUUCAGCAAGGUCACAAUACAGGCUGUACCUUGAUAGUGAGCGGAAAAAAAAGGAGAGUGCCACACAAGAGCUGAAGAGGAAAGCAGCAGAGAAGGAGCUGGAGGAACUCCGGAACCAGCAGCAGGUACUCGGUAGUGUGUGCCAUUCACUUGCGAAUGAAGCCGACAAGUGUGCAGAGAUGGCUGAGGGAAAGGCAGGAACCAAGAUGGCUGAGCUCAUCACAAAAUCGAACUCUCUUCGAAGAAGGCACAAGGACAAAAAAGCAGAACUUCUCCAAGUGGAAAAAUUGAUCGAAGAAAAGGCCGCACAGCUGAGGCACUUGUGA